GUUUUGUCUAAUGGUUUAAUUUCUCUUAUUUACAGCCAAUAGCCACUCUUUCUCUAUCUCCCAAGUCCGAAGAAGGUCUACGUAUCUUUGCUUCUGCUUCUCGAAACCAAUGAUAUCUAAUGGACUUUGUAGAAAAUAACAGCUACAUGUCUUGUUUGGCAGUGGAUUCAGAUGAGAGAGCUAGAGCAGUCGAGAGCUCUGGGGGAAGGGAGAUGGAUGUAUAUGUAGAAGAUUCGAUUGUCGAGCCUUGUGAGGGAAUGGAGUUUGAAUCUGAAGAUGCUGCCAAGAUAUUUUAUGAUAAAUAUGCACGAAAAGUGGGAUUUGUUAUGCGGGUGAUGUCUUGUCGUCGUUCAGAAAGGGAUGGUCGGAUUCUUGCACGUAGACUUGGAUGUAAUAAAGAGGGUUAUUGUGUUAGCAUCAGAGGGAAGUUUGGUCAUGUUCGAAAACCAAGACCAAGCACAAGGGAAGGCUGUAAAGCAAUGAUUCAUGUAAAGUUUGAUAAGUCUGGAAAGUGGGUGAUAACUAAAUUUGUAAAGGACCAUAAUCAUGCACUUGUGGUGGCCCCACGAGAAGCUCGACAAACAAUGGAUGAAAAGGAUAAGAGAAUUCAGGAAUUGACUGCAGAGCUACGAAAUAAGAAGCGGCUAUGUACAGCAUAUCAAGAACAGCUAACUGCAUUUGUGAAAGUCAUUGAAGAGCAUAGCAACCAGCUAUCGAAGAAAGUUGAGAAUGUAGUCAACAAUAUGAAAGAAUUUGAAUCUAUAGAAAAAGAGCUUUUGAACCAUAGAUAGCAUUAAAGUGAGUAUUCAGCACCAUUUUUGAAUUAGCUGUGCAAUUUUCUGUAGUCUUUUCUCUUCUGUGCUGUUAGGUUUAUAUUUGUUUAUAUGGGUUGCUGUCUUGCAGAGCAUUGUAGGCUUCUUAGUUGAUUAUGUUACAUGAUUUUGUUCAAAUGUACAAUAUAGUUGGCAACUGUGAUGAUUUAUACCAGUAAUUGUUGCAAAAUCACACUUUUAUUUA